CGAAUGCUUAGAACAAGUAGAAAUCAAAGAUGCUAAAUGUUUUCAAAUGGAGCUGCGCAAUAUUUGUAGAUCAGAAGCUGUAGAUUUAUGUCACCACGCCUUUGACUUCGAACAACCUGAAAAACACAGAAACUCAUUCAAAGCAGUGGGGUCAACUGUCGUAUUGCAGGUAGUUAUCUAGAGAAGAAGUAUGGCAGCCGGUGGUCAUCCCAGAGGCCGUGGUCUGAUGGAGGCCCCUAGAUUAGACAGUCAUAUAAGGAGGGAGAAUCCACAGAGGUUGUACAAUAUUGUCGAGCUGAUAGGUUCAGGCAGCUAUGGACAGGUGUACACGGGACACAGUAAACAAGAUACCUCGACCGAGGUUGCACUGAAGCGGAUGAUGGUGAAGGAUGCGAAUGAACUAGCUCAUCUGCAAAUGGAGAUCACUCUUCUGUACCAGCUGGACCACCCAAACAUUGUCAGAUACUAUGACUCAUUCUACCACAACCGGUGUUUGUGGUUGAUCAUGGAGCUGUGCAGCUACGACUCCCUCCAGGAUAUCUACAACCAAAAGAAGAAUGCGUUCAAUGAAGAGCAAAUUGCAUUUGUAAUGCGUGAAAUGUUCGAGGCUGUCAACUACAUACACAGGCAACAUGUCAUGCACAGAGACAUCAAAGGUGCGAACAUUCUGCUGACUCAGAAAGGAGACGUGAAGCUGGCUGACUUCGGAGUGUCCGUGCAGACUUCUUCCACUUUGGACAGAACAAAGACUCUCAUAGGCACACCUUAUUGGAUGGCCCCGGAGAUGGCAUCAGCCGACAAUAGAAACUACACGUACUCGAACAAAUGUGACAUAUGGGCUCUGGGCAUUGUAGCUCUGGAGCUGGCUCAUGGACAACCUCCUAACUACAACUACGAACCCAAACAGUACUUGAACGUUCUAAAAGGACGCCGCUUCAAAGCACCAAAAUUGAGCAGUCAGCGAACUUGGAGCGGAGAUUUCUACCACUUCAUCAGCUGGACCCUAACCCAGAACGCCUCGAAACGACCCACUGCCGAAGAAGUGCUCCGGGAAUCAGACUUCCUGCGCAAAGAGGGUCUGGGUCCGUCUCUCAUGCGCAUUUUUCUACGGAAGCCAACUGAUAGUCAAGGCGGGGAUGCAGAAGGUGAUGAGUUGAACACGUCGACGCAGAGGCUCCAGCCCGAUGAAGACGAAAAGGUCAUUAAAUCGAAGAGCAAGGCUGAUACUUCAGGUCACGCAAUCCACGCACCCAGUCAGGAGUUCAGCCACCUGUCUCAAGUAUGGCCCAACUCCAGCUCAGAGUCCAUACCCGAGGAGCCAGACAAACAAGGUGUAAGCAACCACGACGAAAAGAAGCAAAGACCCUCGGUGCCUCCUCCCGAUGGUCCAGCUCCAUUGGCGCCCUCAGACUCGAUGUACGUCAAUGUCUCUGGUACUGCCCCUUUUCUCGGUGGAUCGGAAGUCAAACAAGGGCCAGCUCCGAUCGCCAGAGGAGAUACCAAUACCGCCGACUACGAGAACGUGUCACCUACCAUACGCAGUGAUCCAAACGCAAACCCGAAUGGGCAAACAAAGCCAGCUGCAGAAGGAGACAAGAAUAAUGAAGCAAAAUCAAUUUUAGAAUACGACCGUACACUUAGACCCUUAGAUGCACAGUCACGGUCACGUGAAAACAUCCAAGAAAGCGAAUCGAGAGAAACUCCGAAGAAGCCAGCCCCGAAGUCGCCCCAAGUAGCCCCAUUCUCCCGGUCAAAUGAUUCCCCCAAUGCUCCGUCAACACCAGCGUCUCCACAACACUAUUCACAUGGAUUAGCCGCUGAGGCAGCAUCUUCACCCAAUAAUGAAAUAGCGCGACGAGAAGAUGGAGUCUCGCCAGAAAAAGCAAAGCAGCAACUUUCAGGAAAACCGGUUGUUCCCGAAGUUUUAAUGGGUGCUAUGUUCUCCAAAGUGUUCGAUAGUGUGUCCUUCUCCAGUUACUGUGCAGUCACAUGGGUGAACCCAGAGACCAAAUCUGAGUACAUUUUGAUUGCUUCUGACAAUGGGGUCUACAGUCUGGAUGUGGAACAAGUCUACAUUGCGGAGCCAGAACUCAGGCAAAUCUACUCGUCACGUACCACUUGGAUGCAAGUGCAUGAGAACCAGCUCAUCUCCAUUUCGGGCACGAGGAAGACCUAUGUGUGUCAACACGACUUGGCCGCCCUCUAUACCACCAACAGGACCCUGAUGCGAGGAGUGUCCAGUAUGAUUGCAUCGCGCAUAGGACUGGCCAAGACUCAGAAGAUACAUGCUACCAGAGGCUGCCUUAAAUGCUGCCUCACGAAGACCUUUAACGAUACCUACUUCAUGUGCACACAACAAGUGGACAGAUUCAUCCUGUUUCAGUGGUAUGAGAACAAGUUCAAAGAGCUACAUAGCAUCCGGUUGGAAGACGCGUUCGAUCGACCACUGUCAGUUAUGACACUUCUUAUCACAGACAAAACAGACUACCCCUACUUGUGUUACGACGUUGAAGAAAACCCCGAUAAUCCGAACCAUUAUGACGUGAAAGUGCUGAAUUUGGACAACAUUACGCAGACCUUAGGAUCCACGCAUAGGCUUGAAAUCAAUGCUAGAAGACCUGCUACCAAGUGUGUGGUGAAAGUGCGACAGCUAGAAAAGGACACUUUACUUAUCUGUUUUCCUGACUACGUGCGAAUCACCAAUCUGGAAGGGAAGCUGAAGUCUACGAGGAAGAGGGCCGUCAAGCUUAACUUCGAGGGCAUUCGCAUUAAAGACAUAGUUGUGCUCGACAGCUCUGUCCUCGCAUUUCACGAUCACGGAAUGAUUGGCAAAAGCUUCGAGACGUCACAGACUACCCAGAAUAUUUGCGACUACAGUCAGACAUAUAGACUGCUCGACAGCUCCGGUCUGAUAGUUGUCGAAAGUCUAACAGGAAAUAUUGGAGACCACGACCGAAAAAGACACAUACACGUUGUGGCGGGGCAUAAAAACUCCCUCUGACAAAUAGAGGCAAAACUGAAUUGUAUUUUUUGACUCUGGCAGAAAUCAAAGCUCAUUCAUUUUCGACUCAUUUAUCAACUUCAGUCACCUCCACGUCUUAAUGCAACGCAAAUUUUUUGAGCAAAUUUAUUUUCUAUUCCAGAAUUGAGUAAGUUUCUACCGCUAGUUUUCAAAGCAGACAGUUUAUGCUAUUAUUAUUCUGAUGGAGCUUUUGGAUGCUUUGAAUUUAAUUUAAUUUUGAACUAAA